AUUUCUUGCGUGUUCUACUACUCCGCGAAGUUCAAAUCGGCCGGUAUUCUACUCCCAAUUUCCAUAGCCUAGACUGAACUGCCGCCCACCGUACCCAGUCGUCUUCCAAUUGCCAGAGUCGCGAUCUCCAUAGUCGAAAAAUUUUGCUCGGUAGGAAAAUGGCGCCCAUGUCUGCUGUUUUAUCUCUUACCCUCCUCCUCCUCUCCUUCUCAGCCUCUGUAGCCGUCGGCGUUUCGACUUCUGCCGAAGAUGACCUGGUGGCCGAACUGGAAUCCCUCCGAUCGAAAUCGCCUUCCGGCGUGAUCCGCUUAGAUGAGCGCCUGAUCUCUCGCUUCCUCACCUCGGCUUCAAUUCCUCGUCCAUAUCACCUCCUCAUAUUCUUUGAUGCCGCCUCCCUCCGCUCCAAACCCGAACUUCACCUUCCCCAACUCCGCUCAGAGUUCGCCAUAGUCUCAAAGUCAUUCGCUGCCCACCACAGCGGCCUCCCAUCCGCUUCCAAGCUCUUCUUCUGCGACAUUGAAUUUGGCGAGUCCCAGGCUUCCUUCUCUAAAUUUGGUGUCAAUUCGCUACCCCAUAUACUCCUUGUCUCCCCCUCUACCCGAUCCCUAAGCGAUUCCGAGUCCAUGGACACCUCAUCCUUUUCUCGCCUUGCUGACGCUAUGGCAGAAUUCGUUGAAUCCAAGACCAAGCUCUCUGUUGGGCCCAUUCUCCAUCCGCCGCCCGUCUCACCCCGCCAGCAAGCCGUCCUCCUCCUUGUCCUUCUUAUUGCCACCCCCUUUAUCAUCAAAAAGAUCCUUGCUGGUGAGACCCUGCUGCAUGAUUCUAAGGUUUGGAUGACUGGUGCUGUGUUCGUGUACUUUUUCAGCGUUUCAGGUUCGAUGCACAAUAUAAUCAGGAGCAUGCCUAUGAUGCUGACCGAUCGGGAUGGGCGUCCAGUGUUCUUCUACCAGGGAUCGGGGAUGCAGUUGGGUGUGGAGGGAUUUAUCGUGGGAUUUUUUUAUACUCUAGUUGGUUUGGUUCUGGCGGUCGUGACACAUGGAUUGGUUCGGUUGAAGAGUGCGACGGUGCAGCGGGGAAUAAUGUUUGUGGCGAUGGUUGUGGUGUAUUGGGCUGUCGGAAAAGUAAUUUCUUUGGAUAAUUGGAAGACAGGAUACAGCGUCCAUGCUUUCUGGCCUUCCAGCUGGAAAUGAAGAAUAUUUUGGAACAGUAUGCAAUCUGUUUGUUUGUUCCUCUCUUGCUCCUUGUAGUGAAAGUUUAACUUAUUGUUCUUUCAGCUGAUUGACUGAUUCUGGCUUUACUUGCUAUCUCUUAUAGGAUAAUGCUUUAUCACCAUGAAAUUUGAAGACUAGUAGCUUUACUGCUGGUUUCUUCUUUGCUGUUAGUUGUUGUUAUAUUAUUUCUAAGCAAAGUCAUAUGGUAGACCUUUUUUCAUU